AUGGCCGUCAGCUGCUCGGUGCUCUUGGUGCUGCCCCUCCUCCUCCCCCCGGGGCUGGGCUUCAGGCUGUGUCCCAGCCCCUGCCUCUGCUACCAGUCCUCUGACCUGGUGGACUGCCGUGCCCGGGCCCUGGUCCGUGUCCCCCCCAGCGUCCCCCACGGCACCUGGCUGCUGGACCUGAGGGGGAACUCUCUGACCGAGGUGCACAGCAGGUCCUUCGUGGGGCUGUGGUCUCUGAGGAUCCUUCUGAUGUCCAACAACAGCAUCCAGACCCUGCAGCCACAGUCUCUGUCGUCCCUUCAGUUCCUGGAGAAGCUGGACUUGAGCUUCAACCAGCUGCGAGGGCUCCCUCCAGACUUCUCCCAGAGCCUGUCCUCCCUGAAGGAGCUGCAGCUGGACCACAACCUUCUGCUGCACCUCCACUCCUCCUCCCUGAGGGAUUUAGAAAACCUCAGGAAACUGGACCUCAGUUAUAAUUGCAUCUGGACCAUCGAUGUGGGGGCUUUCAGCAGCCUGACCCACCUGAGCGUCCUGAGCCUGGAGGGGAACCGGCUGAACGCUCUGACUGACGGGCUGCUGAGCCGGCAGCAGAGCCUGGAGGUUCUGCUGCUCAGCCACAACAACAUCUCCCUGAUCCAGACCCAGGCUCUGGCCCCUCUGCGCAGUCUGACCCUGCUGAGUCUCCGGGGGAACCAGCUGGAGCACAUCCGGUUCAAGACCUUCCUGAAGCUCCAGACCACCUCCACCCACCUCCAGAUGUCCCUCAACCGCUGGACCUGUGACUGCGAACUGCAGCGGGACUUCUCCAAGAUCAGUUACGUUCGACACCUGCAUGUGGACGACUACCAGGACAUCGUGUGCCACGCUCCGGAGCAGCAUGCCGGGAGCUCCCUGGCCUCCAUGGACAGCCAGCUGUGUAUCGCUGAGACAGCGUCCAUGCUCGUCAUCACCAUCACCGUGAUGCUGGCUGUCAUCGGGGCGCUGGUCAAAGCCGAGCGCAACAGCAAGAAGAACGUGCAAACUGUGACUGAGGAUGACUCAGAGAGACCAGAGAACUGAAUUUGACUUCUUUAUUUUGACCUUGCUCGCUCCUCUGCUCCUCUGCGAGGUAUCCCACACUUCUCCAUUCUUAUGCCUAGUAAGGAGCAUCCAGAGGACCCACUUCCCUUAAAUAUUUUAAUCACGUUUACAGCUUUCUUUUGUUCAC